AUUCUUUCUCCAUCCAACAUCGAGAGGGGCCCCCUGAGAAGCGAGCCAUAAUGGCCAGCCUGAAGAAAAGGAUGCUCAAGAUCCUUACCCUUCUGAUCUUGCUCAUCUUCGUUACUUCCUUCUUCCUAAACUUAUCCCUCAUCCUGGUCCCCACUACCUGGAUCCCCAAGCAGCUUGUGCAGGAGCUCUCAGAAAACUUUAAGAAGUUCCUAAAAUACCCCCACAGGGGCUGCAGCUGUACACGCUGUAUCGACGAACAAGGUUUCUCAUCCUGGUUCGACAGCAGGUUCAACAGGUCCAUGCCACCACUGCUGACGGUGCAGAAUGCCUUCCUAGAAGAAGACACAUAUAAGUGGUGGCUGCGACUCCAAGGGGAGAAGCAACCCAGUUACUUUAAUGAUACCGUCAGGGGGCUCUUCCAGGUGGUCCCUGGGAACACAGACCCCCUUCUGGAAAAGAGGCUGGUGGACUGUCGGCGCUGUGCAGUGGUGGGCAACUCUGGAAACCUUCGAAAUUCUUGGUAUGGCAACCAGAUCGAUGACCAUGACUUCGUGAUAAGGAUGAACAAAGCCCCUACAGCAGGCUUUGAAGCCCACGUCGGGAGCAAGACCACCCACCACCUUCUGUACCCUGAGAGCUACCGAGAGCUUGGGGAGAAUGUCAGCAUGAUCUUGGUCCCCUUCAAGACUUUGGACCUGGAGUGGGUGGUCAGUGCCACCACCACAGGCACCAUCUCCCACACUUAUGUUCCUGUACCCAAGAAAAUCAAAGUGAAAAAGGAGAAGAUCCUAAUCUACCACCCAGCCUUCAUCAAGUACGUCUUUGACAGCUGGCUUCAGGGCCAUGGACGGUACCCCUCUACCGGCAUCCUCUCCAUUGUCUUUGCACUGCACAUCUGUGAUGAGGUGGAUCUAUAUGGCUUCGGGGCAGACAGCAAAGGGGACUGGCAUCAUUACUGGGAGACCAACCCCUCUGCAGGGGCUUUCCGCAAGACUGGUGUGCACGAUGGCGACUUUGAGUCUAAUGUGACCACCAUCUUGGCCUCCAUCAACAAAAUCCAGGUCUUCCAUGGAAGAUGACAAGGCCCAGCUUGGAGAUUCUCCUUUCCACGGCAGCCCCAGGUGUUCACUAGAGCCAUGUGUUCCAAGAGCUUCCAAGACCAACCUCGAGAGAGGGGGUCCAGCCUCUCCUACUCCAACAUUGGGCAGCUUCUGUUGAACGAAGCCAGCUCCUAGGGCUGCAGAACAUGUGUGGGAACCAGCAUUGGGUAGGAGGACCUGCUCUACUCCAGGGCAGGGACACUGUGGGGGACAUAAUGGGAGUGUGUGGGGAGGUGUCAGACCCUGCAAUCUUCCACGUUCCUAAAGGAAGACAGUCUCCAAGAAGAUGGGAUGCAUCUGUCCUCGGCCAAGGUCAUGGUGCAGACUUUGCAUCUGGUGCUCCUGGCACAAUUCUCAGUGAGGACAGCCACUUUGGGACUGACCCCGGUGGACACUGAGGAUUAGAAGACCUCUCUCUGCAUGAUGCUGGCCUUCUCCACCUGGGGGCAUGGCCUCCUCUCCCUUUGCUUCCAAAGCUCAUGUCAAAUGGCCACGAGCUGUGAGUGUGCCAUCCAUAGGGCAGCAUGAGCACUGGGUCAGGUGCCUCUACCAUGCCAGGUGCCUCAAUGUGAAGGAAUCGUUCUAUGACCCAAAUCCCAGUGGGCAGCAGCCCUUGCGACUUCCUCGUGCCUUUGUCUUGGGAGGGGAGCAACAUGGGCUCUGCAGAUGAGACCCUGCACCAUACAGCCUUUGCUCGCUGAUUGGGUUCCUCCUUUCUAAUUUCCUGAGCCAGCUCAUCAGUGGGAACAUGUCUCGGAAGAUACUGAUGCCAUCCUGAGGACCAUUGGCCAUGACACGGCCCCUUAUCCUAUCCCAGAGUACUGGAUGUGGUACCCCACAUCCCACCUUCCAAGUUGACCUCCAAGUGAGUCGCCUUAGGCUGGCUUUACCCUGUGAUGGUUGCAUGGCCCAGGUCACAAGGUGCCCAGAUGACUGCACAGGAGAAAUCAUACCUCAUACCCUGGCUCCCCCAACCUAUUCUUUUGUUUGACUUGUCUGCUUUACUGGUUAUUUAUUGAUUUGUGCUUUUAAUUCAGCUGACCUUGUAUGCACUUUGUAGCUCUAAUGCCCAUCCUGAUCUUCCCAUCAAUCUUACUCUUGCUUCUGCAGAGUGGCAAAUUUCAAGCCAACCUUUUAGAUAUCUACAGGCCUGGAUCUUUGGAGGGGUCUAGGGUUCACUGAUGAACAGAUCCUGGCAUGUCAGGAUGGUGUUUCCCUAUCCCACCUCUUCCAGUUUUACUUUCUUCUUUACUCAUUGUGAGUCCAUGUCAGCUAGGAAUCUCCAAAACUCAGGGGUAACAUCUAUGGACUAGGUAAAGAGUGGAGUCACAGCAUAGGAAGAGAGGUUGUUGACUCCGGUUUCUGAUAGUCAACAGAGCCAAAGCGCUUUUCCUUUGAGCACAUUUGCUAAGAGACCAUUGCCACCUGGAACAGAUGGAGCAUGAAGGUGCAUUGUCAGGAACACAGGACUUCUCCUUCCCUAAGGUUAGUCCUGCUUUUUUGCUGGCCACUCUCUGCAGACAGGAAAGGAGCAUAGCAGCCACCAAUGGCAUCAGGUAAUUUACAAGAGUUCCUAGAAAUUGCACGUCUUGUCUUUCCCCUUUGUCUGUACAAGUGGGUAUUUUCUUAGGCAGAUGUCCCUGGCACUUUUAAAAGGAUUCUCCAGGAUUCAGAAUCCAGAAAAUGUUUAGAAAUAAAAACAAACCUUAUCAUCCUCCAAAAUAUCAGGGUCUGAGACUCAUAUACAGUCACUGUGUCCUUUAUGACACCAUGAACACCGUGUCAAAGUCAGGCUCUCAAUGGUGCUUGGAGGCAAAGUCUCUGUGGGCAUCUGCCAGUCAGCCAGUUAAUUCCAGGGACAGAGCUGGAAAGAAAACUUUGGUUGACACUAAUUGGAGCAUGAAUUUCUGAGCUGUCAGCUGGUCCUACAAGCUGAAUAUGCUUAGGAGAAUAGGGACAGAAUGAGCACUCUGCUUCGCAACUCAUCAUUAGGAUGAUGAGGAAGGAGGCUGUGGUCAUGGCUGGGCUGGAAGCCGACCUGCCUGGCUUACAAUCCAGCCUAUGUUCAGUUUCCUAUUCUCUCCCUCCUAUGAGGCCCUUCAAGUGAGAGGUAGGUGCCUUCCAUACACAGCAUCUUCCUCUCCCAUUGUAUAGAUGAGAAAAAGCAAGACUGAGAGGUAAAAUGACUUUGGAGGUGAAAAUAAAAAUGACAAUUGGCACCAGUCAAACCAGUGAGGAAAUCGAGUUUGCUUUUCUCAGCAAGGCACCCAUUGACAUCUCCAUACUGAGAAUCUGUUUGCAGGUUUUAGGUUAUGCUUUGCUUCAUUCCCAGUCCAAAUGCCU